AUGUCGUCGGGGGCUGCGGUCUCGUCAAUGUCGUUGUUGCCGUGCUUGGGUGAGAAGUCAAACUUCAGCACGUGGAAGUUUCGCCUUAAACUGAUGUUAGAAGAUAAACAAGUUGCAUACGUAUUAAAAGAAGGAGAUAAUGAAAAAGAAAAAUCCGCCGAAUUUAUCAAAGACGAUUCGAGGGCAAAGUCUUUAAUUGCAAUGUGCGUUUCCGACCGCUACAUUGAAAUAAUAAAGGAUGGGAAAACAGCGAGAGAGAUGAUUACGUUAUUGGAAAAUACAUUUGAGAGAAAAAGUGUCUACAACAGGUUCUACCUAAAACGCAAAUUAAUAAUUCUAAAGUGCAAUGAGCCAUUAGAAACAUACCUCAUAAAGUUCUCAUCAAUUGUUAAUGAUCUCCAGGCGAUUGAAGUCAAAAUUGAUGAUGAAGAUAAGAUUUGUUACCUGCUGUCAUCGCUGCCUAAGGAAUAUGAUCCUGUAAUUACAUCCAUCGAGACCAUGGCUACAGAGAAGAGACUGACAUUUGAUUUUGUAAAAGCCAGAUUGCUGGACGCUGAGACAAAAAUCAUCACAAACAAGGACACGACCGAUCAAGAGAGUGCAUUCAUCACAUGUUUUACUUGUGGUAAGCCGGGACACAAAAGCUAUGAGUGUAAAGAUAAGAUUAAUGAAAAAGAGCCACAUCGAGGCAGGAGCCGUGGGAGAGCUGCUGGCCGAGCUCGCAGAGCUGCACGAGGACAACCCACACGAGGUCGAGGACAACGUGGUCAAGCCCAAGAGACGUCCCUAGCUGGUAAGGUGGAAGUUGGAUUUUUUGCCAGUGAAUACAUGUUUGGAUUAACUGAAAAUUCUAAUAUUACAUUUAUUGUAGAUUCAGGUUGUACCCAACAUAUUAUAAGUGAUCAAUAUGAACAAUAUUUAACUGAUAUUAAAACAUUGCAAAAAAGUGUU